AUGGUCAACGUGGAUGAUGAGAUCAUCAAUGCCACGCCAAUGAUAAACGACAACUAUGGUCGAUUUGACAAUAGAUUUGCAUACUUUGAAACCGAGAUUCUCAUCCAUCAAAGCAAAGGCGUCCCUUUGAAGAUCGCUGCCAGGCGAGAUCAGAGUGAGUUACAGGAACAUCACGCCUACAGACUUGACGCACCAGUCGCGGUAUGGGGUCCUGAUGACCUCCCUAUGCUCAUGGAGGACUUCGCCACCACUCUUGAAAUCGAACAUGCCGAAGUCCUCCCCCACUGUCGCAUUAACAAAGUCUUGGCGCAAGGCCUUGGUCAAAUAGUGGAGUGGUCCAGAAGGCGCACAACCGGACUACCAAUCGAAGUCAUCAAGGUUCUGCAUCGAUGCUGGAAUGCCACCCAAACACAACGUGUGGAAUUCUACGCAAACUAUUUGUUGAGCACCAACAUCACCUCAACGCUAACGAUGGGAGCUCUUGAAGUAGGCAACCUCAUCAGUUUGCGCGGUCUUGUUGUUUCUUAUGUAGAACCUGCCCACACAUGGACAUCCAAGCUACAGAAAUCCAGACCAUUCUGGCCAAUCCUCAAGGACCCUCGCGGAGGAGAAGUAGAAGGUUGUGUGGACUUCAACCCAUUGGCAUUUAAAAUCAUGAUUGUAGCCCCCUCGGUGCGAGUAUCUUUCAUCUUUCAUGAGUCAAUUGGCAAUCAUGUGUAUAUGUUGUAG